GAACUUUUUUUCUCCUCCAUUUGAAAACGUGGACGUUACCAGCACUACUUCCUGAUUACAAUCAAUGCAAGUCAUCAGAAUCAGCUGGCACACAGCCUAGAGGGAUACCGCAGAUCUUGGCUGUGUUGCGGCGGGAUCAGCUGUCAUCUCGUCGCUGCUUCGCGUCGCUCCAUGCCUUCACCCUGCAGACGAGACCACCCACUUUUUCCCCCCAUUAUAGGUGCCCCGCUAAUUGCCUGACUGGAAAAGAAAGUUUUCCAGCGAGUGUCUCGUGAGCUGCCCCACUUGAUGCCUGACUAAAAAAAGAGGCCGUGGGGGGUGCUGGAGCCCAUCUCAGCUGCAUUCGGGCACAAGGCGGGGUACACCCUGGACAAGUCGCCACCUCAUCGCAGACCCCUGCCAAGCAUCAGCGCUAAUAGUCUGGCUGCGUCGUGAUGUCACAGCAACUGGAUGUACUUAUUUGGACAUUAGUUAAAGCUAUUAAUCAUAGGGGAGGAGCUCUGUGUGAGGCCCACUGAGUUUGAGGAAACACAAGAGAAGGUUUAAAUGUUUGCACCUCCAGAGGGGCCAGCACUUGUAAGCAGUGUCUCGCGGUGCACCCCAGCUGUGCAUGGUGCGUCCAAGAGGUUUUUGGUCAGGGCGAGGGCAGCUCGUCCCGCUGCGACCUAAAGACCAACCUGAUUGCAGCAGGCUGUGCUGCGGUGGAGUCCCCGCAUAGCAGAAUGCAAGUGAUAGAGGAUCGGCCCCUCACUAAAAAGGCGGCGGGGGCCACACAGGAUGUAACUCAGAUCAAGCCCCAGAAACUCCACAUCACCCUCAGACCCGAUGACGCCAAGCGCUUCACGGUAAAGGUACGGCAGGUAGAGGACUACCCCGUGGACCUCUACUACCUCAUGGAUCUCUCCUACUCCAUGAACGACGACCUGUACCGCCUGAGGACGCUAGGGAGAGGCUUGGCCGAGGCCAUGAACCGCGCCACCAGCAACCUCCGCAUGGGUUUUGGGGCCUUUGUGGACAAACCGCUGUCCCCUUACAUGUACAUUUCCCCUAAAGAGGCUGUCAAGAACCCUUGCUUCAGCAUCAACACCACCUGCCUGCCUCAGUUUGGCUACAAACACGUUCUGUCUUUAACGGAGAAAGUGAAUCGCUUCACAGAGGAAGUAAGGAAGCAGAUUGUAUCCAGGAACCGGGACGCACCGGAGGGAGGUUUUGAUGCCAUUCUCCAGGCCGCUGUCUGCAAGGAGCAGAUCGGCUGGCGUCCCGGCGCGUCCCACCUCCUCAUCUUUACCUCGGACGCCAAGACGCACGUGGCGCUGGACGGUCGCCUCGCCGGGAUCGUGCGGCCCAAUGACGGACGGUGCCACCUCAACUCGGACAACCUGUACAGCAUGUCUACCACCAUGGAUUACCCAUCCCUCGCACUCAUCACGGAGAAGAUGUCAGAGAACAACAUCAACCUCAUCUUUGCUGUCACCAACCCUGUGGUGCCAUUGUACCAGAACUACAGUGAGCUGAUUCCCGGUACCACUGUGGGAACGCUGUCCAAUGACUCUGGCAAUGUCAUUCAGCUCAUAUUGAAGGCCUACGCUAAAAUCCGCUCCAAGGUAGAGCUGGAGCUUCUGGGCGUCCCAGAGGAACUGUCGCUCUCUUUUAACGCCACAUGUUUGAAUGGAGAAGUCAUCCCAGGCCUCAAGUCUUGCUCGGGACUCAAGAUCGGAGACACGGUGUCUUUCAGUGUGGAGGCCCGAGCUCGAGCCUGCCCCAAACAGAAGAAGAAGACCUUCAUCAUCAAGCCGGUGGGCUUCAAGGACUCCCUCUCCAUCACUGUCACCUUCGAGUGCGACUGCAAGUGCCAGAACAGAGCGCAGCCCUUCAGCCCCAAGUGUCACCAGGGCAACGGCACCUUCGAGUGCGGUAUCUGCAUGUGCCAUCCGGGCCGCUUGGGGCCGCACUGCGAGUGUGCCGAGGGCGACUACGGCCCCGCGGAGCAGGACCGCUGCACGGAGCCCGGGGACGGGUCCCGGGGUAUCUGCAACGGGCGCGGGGACUGUGUGUGCGGUCAGUGCGUGUGCCACAGCAGUGACUUUGGAAAAGUGUGGGGGAAGAUGUGCGAGUGCGAUGACUUCAACUGUCUUCGUGACAAGGGGGAACUCUGCUCUGGCCACGGUGUCUGCAACUGCGGCUUCUGCCAGUGCGCUCCCGACUGGCAGGGGGAGAACUGCAACUGCUCCACGCGUACCGACACCUGCAUGUCCCACCUGGGCCUGCUGUGCAGUGGGAGGGGCCAGUGUGUGUGUGGAGCCUGCGAGUGCACCCAGCCCGGGGCCUACGGGGCCACCUGCGACAAAUGCCCCACCUGCCCUGACGCAUGCACCAUGAAAAAGGAGUGUGUGGAGUGUAAGCAUUUCAAGAGAGGCAAGCUGUUUGAAGAUAACACCUGCGCUCGCAUCUGCAAGGAUGACAUUGUGCUUGUGGAUGAAUUAGGUGGCCUGAAUGUUAAUUACAGGUACAUUAUGGAGGCCAGCCAACUGUCAUACAUAAAAGUGUUCCACGAUACAAACGCCGUUAACUGCACUUACAAGGACGAGGACGACUGCCUGGAGCGCUUCCAGUACUACGAGGACGCCAGCGGAAAGUCCAUCUUGUUUGUCGUCAUGGAGCCAGACUGCCCGAAAGGCCCGGACGUCUUGGUGGUGCUGCUCUCGGUGGCCGGGGCCAUCUUGUUCCUGGGCUUGGCGGCCCUGCUCAUCUGGAAGCUGCUGGUGACCAUUCACGACAGGCGAGAGUUCGCCAAAUUUGAGGAAGAGCGCGCUCGGGCCAAAUGGGACACGGGACACAAUCCUCUUUACAAAGGGGCCACCUCCACCUUCACAAACAUCACGUACAGAGGAAAAGACUGACCGGAUGAAACAAACUUUCUCUGUGUGGGGGAAAAUAAUCAUCAGAAUCAUGUGCAGGUCUCUACUGUCACAAAUGCAAUGAAUAAUAAUUAUUAUUGUUUGUAAAUAUGUAGAAAUUAUUUUGUGUUAAUCAGUGUUUUGUCAGCAAAUAUAAUCAUGGUUGUUGUCUCUACAGGCAAGCUACUGCCAUCUAUUGGGAACAAACUCUAACUGCAAUAGUAAGUUAAACUUGAUUGGCAUAUGAAAAAAAAUGUCCAACUAAGAGUUGAUUAAUUUAUAGUUUCAUAGAUAAUUUUACAGGAAACUCUACGUGUCGUAAAGUUUUUCGUAUGCUUUUAUUCGGAUGUAAUAUCAUACAAAUGCAAUGAAGUUAAAUUAAAUUCAAACAUUUUUAGUGCAUUAAAUAUUAGGAAUAAGUCAAGUUUAAGGACAUUUUGUGUACAUAAAUGUACAAGAGUAACAUAAUUGACUUUCCCAUAUCAAGAAUAUUUACCUCUACUUUUGAAGGAGGAGGUUUCGGCCAAAUUUGAUGUAGCGUUUCAGAAUAAAUAUGUUUUUUUUAACCUGUUUAAAAACUCUAACGUGUUAUGUUCAUUGGUGUUUGAGAAAAUAUGUCCAAAUUAAGAGUUGUUGAUUCAAAAUGUGUUAUCAGAAAAUUCAUAAAUAAUUUUAGAGGAAAUUGUUCGUUUAUUAAAGUUUUUUGUAUGCUUUUCUUUGAACUUUUAUCCGGAUGUAAUAUCAUUCAAACGUAAUGAAGUUCGAUUAAAUUCAAACAAAUAUAUUGUAUUAAAUUCCGGGACUAAGUAAAGUUUAAUUUAAUAUGUUUUGCACAUAAAUAUAUUAGUGUAACACAGUUGGCUUCCCAUACUAAUAAUAUUUACCUCUACUUGGAAAGAGGUUUCAUCCAAAUUUGAUGUAGCAUUUCAAAAUAAAAUCUCACUUUGUGAUUGUUUCUGCAUUUGAUUUCAGACAGAUUGUUUUAAUUACUCUGUUAUCAUUCAACCACGCACCUCUAGGAGUUUACUCCACCAUUCCAGGAUGUCACCGAAGACGUUUCAUCCAAAUCUGAUUCGGCCUUUCAAAAUAAAAUCUGUCUGAAAUUGGCAUUCAUGAAUGUUUUUCAGAUGUGUUUUAUUUUUAAUUGCCCUGUUAUAACUCAACCAUUGCGCAUCUGUGACUUAUUAUUGACACCAAUAGGCUUGUUAAUAGAUGUAUAUUACACCUCCUUUGUUAUAGUACAUGGGACAAUGCACAUUAAUGGAGAUAUAAAAUGUUAAUGUGCCAGAUUGUUGCCAAAGGCAAAUUUUUCAUGCUCAUUUUUUUUGUUUUUAUCUGCCACACGUAGAAAGCCGGUCCGUGAAAAUAAUGCAUACAUUAAACUGGUCCCUGGUGGAAAAAAGGUUGGGGAACACUGAUUUAGUUGACAUUCCUAGGAUGUCACAGAGGAAGUUUCAUCCAAAUCUCAUUCAGCAUUUCAGAAUAAAAGCCUCUGGGAUGUGCACUUGUAACUUGACAAAGGUUGUGGAACCCUGAUUUAGUUGCCAUUCCUAGGAUGUCACCGAGGAAGUUUCGUCCAAAUCUUAUUCAGCAUUUCAGAAUAAAAGCUUUUCGGAUGUGCACUUGUGACUUGACAAAGGUGGAAAGCCUGACUUGGUCACAUUCCCAGGAUGUCGCCGAGGACGUUUCAUCCAAAUCUCAUUCAGCAUUUCAGAAUAAAAGUAUCUGGGAUGUGCACUUGUGACUUGACAAAGGUUGGGGAACCCUGAUUUAGUCAAC